ACUCAGGAGGCUGAGGCCGGACAGAGUAGGGCCGCCCGGGAGAAAGGGUUGCUUUCCACAGAUGCGUCGCUUCUUGUUAGCCCCGCCACUGCUCCGGGAGCCUGGGAGGAAGCAGCCAGCCUUGUUACAAGAAAGCGGAAUUAUUGUGAACGUCAAAAGUCUUUUUUUCUCUGGAAGAAGCAUUGCGGGCGGAAGCUGGCCCUCGCCUUCUGCCACUUUGGCGGGAAAAGAACUUCGCAGGCGUCUGAGACUCCGGCCAGCCUAAACCGAAAUCCGCCAGGGGGGCCAUCGGGAGAGAGGUGGGACUAUAAGGGGCUCCUUCGCCCUCUUCUUUCCCCUUCUCCGGUGACGUUGCGGUCUCCUCCCUCUGGCGGAGUUCAGGCGCUUGCGAACGCCGUCCUGUGAUCGGCGCGGCCCGAGCUGCUUCCAUCCAUCCAUCCAUCCGUCCGGCUGUCCGUCCGGCCAACCUAGCCGGUCGAGCAUCCGUCGCGGACCGGCCGCCACUUCGUCCGGCCGAGCAGAAGUUUGCCCGCGCUGAGGGGUAGCGACGUCGUCCUUUACUCUGCUGGCUCAGCAUUCCUGCCGCCGUGGAGUGAGAAAAGGCUGCGCCAAGAGCAGACUGAGAAAGAGAGAGGCUCCUUCAAAAAUGAUUUGGCUGCCUUCAAGACCUGGAGCUCUAAUGCCAAAAUGAGGACUCACACACGGGGGGCUCCCAGUGUGUUUUUCAUACAUGUGGUUUGCUUUGCACUAAUCUGCAGCACUGACAACAACCCAAGCACUGCUGUUCCAUUUGUCAAUGCCAACUACGACAACUACCCAAUGCUCUACUUCUCUAGGCGAGAGAUACAGGAUCUCCGAUAUAAGGCAGGCACUACACAUCAACACAUUGCAGCUCGGUUGGUUGAAGCUGUGCAAAUCAUGCUGUCAAACUCUUUGGAAUAUCUUCCUCCCUGGGAUCCCAAAGACUUCAGUGCUCGGUGGAAUGAAAUAUAUGGCAACAAUUUGGGUGCUCUAGCAAUGUUCUGUAUACUUUAUCCAGACAACAUGGAAGCCAUCGACAUGGCCAAAGACUACAUGGAAAGAAUGGCGGCUCAGCCUAGUUGGUUAGUGAAGGAUGCUCCAUGGGAUGAGGUUCCCCUUGCUCACUCUUUGGUUGGAUUUGCCACUGCUUAUGACUUUUUAUAUAACUACCUUAGCAAGUCCCAGCAGGAAAAAUUUCUGGAAGUAAUUGCCAAUGCCUCAGGAUAUAUGUAUGAAGCCUCAUAUAGGCGUGGAUGGGGUUUCCAAUACCUACAUAACCAUCAGCCUACCAACUGUUUGGCCUUGCUGGUAGGAAGCCUGGUUCUAAUGAAUCAAGGUUAUCUUCAGGAAGCAUACCUUUGGACUAAGCAAGUCCUAACAAUAAUGGAGAAAUCUAUAGUUCUACUACAUGAAGUGACAGAUGGCUCCUUGUAUGAAGGCGUAGCUUAUGGCAGCUAUACCACCAGAUCUCUUUUCCAGUACAUAUUCCUUGUCCAAAGGCAUUUUGACAUUAACCACUUUAAACAUCCCUGGCUUAAGCAACAUUUUGCUUUUAUGUAUAGAACGGUUCUACCAGGAUUCCAAAGAACUGUUGCUAUUGCAGAUUCCAACUACAAUUGGUUUUAUGGUCCGGAAAGCCAGUUGGUUUUCCUAGAUAAAUUUGUUAUGCGCAAUGGCAGUGGAAACUGGUUGGCUGAUCAGAUUCGAAGGAACAGAAUACUUGAAGGUCCAGGGACACCUUCCAAAGGACAGCGUUGGUGCACACUUCACACAGAGUUUCUCUGGUAUGAUUCAAGCCUGGGAUUCGUCCCUCCACCAGAUUAUGGUAUUCCCAAACUUCAUUAUUUCGAGGACUGGGGAGUUGUAACAUAUGGAAGUGCUCUGCCAGCCGAAAUCAACAGCCCCUUUCUCUCCUUCAAAUCAGGAAAGCUGGGAGGACGUGCAAUCUAUGACAUGGUUCACCAGAACAAGUACAAAGAAUGGAUCAAAGGUUGGAGGAACUUCAAUGCUGGGCAUGAGCAUCCAGAUCAGAACUCAUUUACGUUUGCCCCCAAUGGUGUACCUUUCAUAACAGAAGCUCUGUAUGGACCAAAAUACACAUUUUUAAAUAAUGUGCUGAUGUUUUCUCCAGCUGUAUCAAAGAGUUGUUUUUAUCCAUGGGAAGGACAAGUUACUGAAGAUUGCUCAUCAAAGUGGUUGAAAUAUAAACAUGAUCUGGCUGCAGAUUGCCAAGGGAAAGUAAUUGCUGCUAUAGAAAAAAAUGACAUAAUCUUUAUUAGAGGAGAAGGAGUGGGUGCCUACCAUCCUAAACUAAAGUUGAAAAGCGUACAAAGAAACCUCUUACUUCUUCAUCCCCAGCUUCUCUUGCUAGUGGACCAAAUAUAUCUUCAAGAUGACAGUCCUGCCAAAAUAGCAACUAGCUUCUUCCACAAUGUUGAUGUGCCUUUUGAAGACACAGUUAUUGAUAACGUCCACGGAGCCUUCAUUCGGCAACAGGAUGGGAUCUACAAGAUGUACUGGAUGGAUGAUACUGGAUAUAGUCAAAAAGCUAUCAUCGCCUCAAGAAUGUAUCCCAGAGGCUACCCUUACAAUGGGACAAACUACGUGAAUGUCACUACUCAUCUGCGUAGCCCAAUCACUAGAGUCGUAUACCUCUUCAUUGGACCUUCUAUAGACGUCCAGAGUUUCAGCGUCCAUGGGAAGUCUCAGCAGCUGGAUAUUUUUGUCACCACCAGUGAGCAUGCUUAUGCCACCUAUCUGUGGACCGAUGAGAAUAAAAGCCACUCUGUUUUUGCACAAGUUAUUGCAGACCAUCAAAAAGUGGUGUUUGAGCGAGCUUCUGCAAUUAGGAACUCCCCAGUUUCAGGAGUAAAGGACAAUAUUGAGAUAGUAGAGAAAAACCUUCAGCAUUUCAAGCCUGUGUUCCAGCAGUUAGAGAAGCAGAUCCUUUCACGUGUGCGGAACACGGAUAGCUUCAGAAAGACAGCUGAACGCCUACUCCGGUUUUCAGAUAAAAGACAGACAGAAGAAGUCAUUGACAGAAUAUUUGCAAUUUCUCAGCAGCAGCAAGGCAGAGCAAAAAAGAACAAAAAGGUGGCUAAAGGCUACAAAUUUGUGGAUGCUGGCCCAGAUAUAUUUGCACAAAUCGAAGUCAAUGAAAGAAAAAUUCGGCAAAAAGCACAAAGCUUGGCCCAAAAAGAAUUGCCUGUGGAUGAAGAAGAAGAAAUGAAAGAUCUUCUGGAUUUUGCAGAUAUUACCUAUGCGAAAGAGAAAAACAGUGUGCCAAUCAAAGUUCAACCUGGUCUGUCCCAAAUAUUUUCCACUACUCGAAGCAGUGCUCCUUUAGUGUCAGCAUCUUACACACGUCUUUUCCUCAUUCUGAAUAUUGUCAUUUUCUUUAUUAUGCUAGCAAUGCAACUCACCUGGUUCCAGAAAGCCAAGAGCUUACAUGGGCAAAGAUGCCUUUAUGCAAUCUUGUUAAUUGACAGCUGUAUAUUACUGUGGCUAUAUUCUUCUUGUUCCCAAUCACAAUGCUAGCAAAAAAACAAAACAAGACUGUGAAUGCUAUUUGACCAUUCUAUGAUUAGGUAUGUUUAUGCAAAAGUGCAGAAUAUAUUUUCUUUUCUGAAUGUAUUCCAGAAAAUAUCUAUGGAAAAAUUCUCUUUUAAUCAGAGAAGAUGAAAUUAAUGGGCAUUGAGACAUUUGACACAUUUCUCAGAUUAUCACCUAUAUACGGGUCAAGUCUGUUCUAUAAAUGAAUGUCUUGUGCUUUUAUUCUGAAUUCAAUAUGUGCAUUUAAUUUUCUUCUCCAAAACCAAUUUUCUUUGUCACUGAGUUGAUUUAUUAUUUUUUGAACAUAUGCAACUGGGAUGGUUUAAUCAAAGUCUACUGAUCGCUAUCGUAUGGAUAAUCCUCAGAUAAUAGUCCUCAGUGGUAUAUAUUUCUUUUCAAUGUUUUGCCUGUUUUAAAGUACUGUGCUAUUACAAUUAGCAUUUUUUUAAAAGUGUGGAUACCAUUUCUUCCCAGUUGGCCUUCAGACCUAUUUGUUUUGCUUCCACCUUAGUUACGGUACUUUUUGGAGUACAAGAUGCACUUUUUCCCCCCCUAAAAGAGGGUGGAAAUGUUGCUGUGUCUUAUACACCGAAUACAGCCAUUUUUGGCCUCCCGAAGCCCGGCCCCGUGCGUCCCAUUUUUGCAAAAAACGGGCCCACUUUUCACAAAAACAGGACAUGCAGAGGUUUUGGGAGGCCUGCAGAGUGCUCCUAGGGGUGAGCCAGGGAGGGCAAAAACUUUUUUUUUCUUGCUUACCUCUUCGAAAUCUUGGUGCAUCGUAUACACUGGUGCGUCUUAUAGUCCGAAAAAUACGGUAAUUGUGAGGACCCUUUUUCAAAUGUGACCUGUCAUGAGAUAGAAAAACCGUCUGGCUAAGAGAUGUAUCUAACUUUAAAUGAAUCCUUGUUCCAUAGAUAUUCUCCUUGUAUUCAGCCUCUUUUCCCAUUAAUCUAAGAAAACAAUUAUGGCUAAAGCAUAGCAUGUUAUCAUUUCUUGAGUCCAGGAUCCAAACAGUAUGGGCAUACAUGUUAUCAAGUUACAAAGUAUCCAUAAUCUAAUGUCACAGACAGAAAUGGUAUUUUUAUGAAACAUUCCAACAAAUUGGGUCCUCAUAAUUUUCUAUAACUGAUCAAAUACUCAGUGGUCAAUGUAUAUUAAUGUGUCAAUCAGUUUACUUGAGGAACUAUGCAGAAUAUAAAAUGGUUAAGAUUCUAGAAAGUAGACGACCACUGAGGAUGGAAGAACCUACAUCUGGUAGUCAUUGAUAUUGGUAUAUUAUAAGGUUGCAUUUAAUGCAUAAGAUGAUGUUAUUUGUUGCAAUGCUUCUCUAUAAAAAUUGGAUCCUUUCCUUGAGAAGCAUAUUGGAAGUAAUUGAUAAAUGAAGCCUUUGACCUUGCUAGAUUUGAUAUCAGGCCCGUAAGUACUAGAUAUUGUUCAAAUAAGGAAUGUUUUCGACAACCAAGAACUUUAUUUUAAAGAAAAUAAUGUUUGUCCCAGAUGUCUUUUGCUAAAUAAAUAAUGUCAGUUAUGCAUA